UCUGGCCACAAUUGUAUUUGUAGCUGCACUGGCUUGGAAUUGUGAAUUGCCUACCGUUCUGCAUGUGUUGUAUUCUUGGGGAUCAGCCUAGAAGAAAGCGGUGAAAGAACGAGCCCUUCGCGUUACGUGCCCUGCUGUAGCGCGAGUAAGCCACACAGCCAGUCAUGGGGACACCAUACGUGAAGCUGCUGUUGUCUAUGUUUUCAGUAGAACUGCUCUACCGACAGCAGUGUAUUGCGUUUCCUGUCUAUCAGGCAAGACUACCCAACGUAGGAAGUGUCAGUCGUAUUCCGGCACCCAGUGGCCAAGGUAUCGUCAUCAGCGGUGUCUCCGUCACGGAACCGGGCAGCUUCUGUCAAUCCGUUGGUCAUGCUGAGCAAUGUGGAGGCAGUCCGUCAGGUGGUGGCAAUCCGUUUGGUCAAGAUUUUGUUCAAAAUGGCGCCGUGUACAGCUCUGGUCUAUGCACUGUGGAUAGCGAUGGCGAUGGGUACACGAACGGUGUUGAGCUAGGUGACCCAGACUGUGUGUGGACUGUGGGUUCAGACCCCAGUCAAUCCACCUGUCUAUCACAUCCAGGCUUUCCUUGCUCGACACCAUGUGAUCCGUUCUGCCAAGGACGUUCCACUCAACCCAGUUGCCCAGGUUGUCUUGUAACAACCAUUGUUCCAACCAGUCCAGUUCAGACCAGCCCAGUGGUACCCACAUUGCCACCCCUCUCACCAACAAGUCGUUUCUUCUCUUGCUGGAGCACAAACCAUAUUGAUCUUCAGGCUGCACUUCCCAUCCUUGCACCAGUCGAAGAUGUCGACUUUAGGUCUUCAUCAUUCAGGCCCAGUGGUCCUGCACCAAUUGGACCCAUAUCUGGAAGGCAGUGCAGUAGUUUGUGCCUCCGGGAUGCUUUCAGAGUGUCUGGCCUGGUUAAAACCCCGCUGACCAACGAAUAUACCUGCUUUUGUGGAGUGGCAUGGCUUGGAUUUCCACCAACGGCAAUUGACACGGCAGGGGCUGAGUGCGGGAACUGCUCUACUGAUGUGACAAGUCAAUGCCCCAUGAAUAACAUGUCUGUUGCUGUCUAUGUCAGUGACAUUGACUUCCAACCUGCUGAUGUCUCCCUGGUGAGUUGCUACCAAUUUGCCACCGACUUGCAGUCUACCAUCCAAACCGGAGUCCUUGCAUCCAGCUUGGUGCAGAGUAUACUUGAUCUGGAGCAGGCUUCGACGUGCGUCAGCUUUUGCUUUCGUCAUGGGUUCCGCCUGGGUGGUAUUUCGGACGGUUCGGCCUGCUGGUGUUUUCAGAGUUUCCCGUCCGCAACCACAAGCAGUGGAUGCUCGCAGCUUUCUUGCCUGGCAAGGGCAGUUGGCUUCAUAGAUAACCUGUCAUGUGGAGGAAUUGGAGCAAUUGCUCUCUACAGCAUUACUGGUGAUGCCCCAACAGCUACAUUGCCUGGUAGCAGAGUGCACAAUCUGACAAUUGGAGACGAGUUCCGACCACUUUGCCUUGCCGAGGCCACCAGCAAUCACUUGCUGUUGAGCGUGGAGUGGAGAAACGGCGCCGGUGCAGUCACCACAGCCAUACCCAAUGCAACUGUUCAAGGUUUUGUUAGCAUUUCACAUCAGCCAGCAGUGGGUGAAGCUCUGCAGGGAGAAUAUCAGCUGACUUGUGUUGUCAACAGCUUGAGCGAUUCCAAUCAAGCAAACCAAGAAGUUACGGCUUCGGGCACAUUCUCCGUCAAUGUCUUCACUCCCCCAGGUGCCCAGCUAACUGCUCUUGGAGUACUGGCAGUGGGUGAAGUCUUCGUCCUGUCCUGCCUGAGUGACAGCAAUGGAACAGCGGUCAACUUCAUCUGGUCAGGACCUCGCUCCAGCACCGGAUCAGAGCUGAGAUUUGAACCGCUGUCCUUGGCAGACCGGGGCACCUACACAUGUGAAUUUACAAUCCAGGAAACCGGACGCGUUGGAAGAGUAUCUACGAAUAUAGUGCUGCCAGAAAAUCCUACUACUAUGCCUUCCACGAUGACCAGUUCACCAACUAUAACACCGACCACAACACCAACCACCACACCGACCACCACACCGACCACACCGACCACCACACCAACUACAACACCGACCACCACACCAACCACCACACCAGCCACCACACCAACCACCACACCAACCACCACACCAACCACCACACCAACCACCACACCGACAACCACACCAACUACAACACCGACCACCACACCGACCACCACACCAACCACCACACCGACCACCACACCGACCACUAUUCCAGCCACCAUCUCUGUUACUACCAUGCUGCCACCAACCAUUCCGACUUGCGGUGGGAAUCAGGUAUACGAUGAAUGUGGCUCCCCGUGCUAUGCCACCUGCGAACCAAUUGCCUGCAACCAGGCGGAGAUAUGUGUACCUGGUUGUCGAUGCCUUCCUGGAUUUGUCCUACACCAAGAUGUCUGUAUUCCAAGAUCCAUGUGCCCUAUCCAACCAGAUCCAUUGCGCAAUACAAGGUUCUUCACCUGCUGGAAUAUCAACUACAUACCGCUUGAUAAUCCCAUACCUAUCCUGGCACCGCUCGAGGAUAUCGACUUCAGGUCAUCCGUGUUUCAGCCGCGGUUUAGCGGAGCCAGUACGUCUUUAACUGGCGUGGAAUGCAGCAACAGAUGCAGUGACAGCGGUUUCCGCGUCUCCGGUCUGACCUUGAAUUCCCAAACAAACGAGUUCUCGUGUCUCUGUGGAGUGGCGUGGCGUGGGUUUCCAGCGGGUGCUAUUGACACUACAAAUACAGAAUGUGCCCCCUGUCCUACCAGUGCAGAUAGCCAAUGCCCUUCUAAUAACCAAUCAGUCGCCGUGUACUUGUCGGACACAGUGUUUGAGCAGGCUAACGUAUCUUUCUCAAACUGCUACACAUUCCGCCCAUUCGAGCGCACCACUGGAGUGCUAGCGUCUUCAUUAUUCGCCAGCAUUCUGGAGACAAACCAAGCCUCGACCUGCCUCAGCCACUGUUUCCGACAAGGCUAUCGGCUAGGUGGCAUGGCCGACUCCAGCAGCUGCUGGUGUUUUCAGAGCUUUCCGCCGACACUGCUGACAACAACGUGCUCGCCAUUUGCCUGUCUGGGCUCAGUGGCAGCAGUUUCAGACAAUCUCAACUGCGGUGGCAUUGAUCAGAUAGCACUUUACAGCAUUACCGGAGGUGCACCUCGCAUAAGCAUCCCUGGCAGCCCCAUUAGACACCUGCAGCUGACAAUUGGUGACCUUUUUGUGCCAGAAUGCCUGGUGUUUGCCGAGAGCAACCAUUUGCUGCUCAGCGUGGAUUGGCGCACAGACAAUGCCCACGGGCCUAAUGUCACCGUUCCAGAAAGAGGCUUUGAUCUCAUCUCUCACGCCCCGUCGCAAGGCAUCGCAGAGGCAGGAGUCGUUGAGCUGUUCUGUGUAGCGCAGAGUCUCAGUGACUCCAAUCCUGCUAACCGAAAAGUCUUUGCCACAGCUCUGUUCAACAUCACACUGUACACGCUACCUGGUGCUCAGAUUGAAACCAUUGGAGAGCCGCUCGCUGGACAGCCGUACACCCUGGUUUGCACUAGCUCCAGUAAUGGCACUGCUGUGAACUUCAGAUGGACUAGUCCCAGUGCGGUCCAGGCCAGCAACUCACCCACGCUAACCAUUGACUCAUUGUCCGCCACCGAUCAGGGCGACUACACAUGCCAGUUUACGAUUCUGGAAACCAGGAGUGUCGGGGUUGCAUCUAUUACCCUAGUUGUUCAAGGGUUGACAUCACCAGUGCCGACCACUGCUAUUGGACCAACUUCUACCCCUCCAGCAACCACCGCAACAACCACCACAUCAACCACCACACCGACCACCACACCGACAACCACACCGACAACCACACCAACCACCACACCAACCACCACACCGACCACCACACCAACCACCACACCGACCACCACACCGACAACCACACCAACCACCACACCGACAACCACACCAACCACCACACCAACCACCACACCGACCACCACACCGACCACCACACCGACAACCACACCAACCACCACACCGACAACCACCCCGACCACCACACCAACAACCACACCGACAACCACACCAACCACCACACCGACAACCACACCAACCACCACACCAACCACCACACCAACCACCACACCAACCACCACACCAACCACCACACCAACCACCACACCAACCACCACACCAACCACCACACCAACCACCACACCAACAACCACACCGACAACCACACCAACAACCACACCGACAACCACACCGACAACCACACCAACCACCACACCGACAACCACACCAACAACCACACCAACAACCACACCAACCACCACACCAACAACCACACCGACAACCACACCGACAACCACACCAACAACCACACCGACAACCACACCAACCACCACACCAACAACCACACCGACAACCACACCGACAACCACACCGACAACCACCCCGACCACCACACCAACCACCACACCAACAACCACACCGACAACCACCCCAACCACCACACCGACCACAACACCGACCACCAUCCCAACCACCACACCGACCACCACACCGACAAUUGUGUCAACGACGUCUCCUCCAGGCCCAAUUGACUUUUGCCCAGAGCUCGCGACGGGCGGCAAUAGCCUCACAUCAUACCGUCAAUGUAUCCAGCGACUCAACAGUGACUUCCGCCAGCAAUAUAAUCGCUUCGCCGCCAGUGAUCGCCAAGCGUGCAUGUUCGGUGGAUGACAUCCUUCGAGUAUGGAGGUUCCCUGCGAAUUAAACCGAAGCUGAUUGACGGUUUAUACACGGUGCCGUAUGGAUUGGUCACUCAGUGUUGUAUGACCGUGCACCAAUUGGAAUCACCAUCUCGGCACAAUCAUACUCUUCCCAAUGAUUUGCACGCUUACCAAAUGCUUUUAAGCUAUUGUGGCCUAUGAUGUUCUUUUGGCGUCAUUGCCGUCGUGAUUGGCUGAGCACUGAAUGUGACAUGUGAGCUACAGAACGCAAUGGGGUGUCAAUUUCAAGCAAUGAUCAGUCAUUAUAUAAAUUCGCCGGUGUCGUGUAGACUACUAGUAUUGAAAUGCCUUGCGGGAAUGGUGGUGUAAGUCAAUAUACUGACCUCCUUUUCCCUGCCCUGCAGUACAUUGUAGUGCGGAAUGUGUGUAGGACUAACACUUGAAUGUGUCUUAUGUAGCCGGUUGUCCAUAUUAUGCAUUCAUCCAUGCUCUGAUGACUAACUGCUAAAAAGAA